GCAACAUGGCGGAUGAGAUGGACGAAACGACCUGCGAAGACGAAAAAAAUCACUCUGACAGCGACUCUUGCGAGAGCUUUCAGGAUAAAGAAGAAGCACCUGAUGGAAUUUCAAAUUCAUCAAAGCAAAGUUCGUUAAAAGAUCCAAAAUCGAAUGCAUCAAAAGUCAAGGAAGAUUGGAAAUGGAGGUUUCCCUAUUUGUCGUACAGGAACUUUUUGCUUCAAGUAAGGUCGGUGAAUGAUAAAUCAGUUGUAAAAGACCCUUAUGCAACUGCGUCGGAGAAAAAUCCAACGGAAGGUGAAGAAUUAGAAGGGAUAUAUGCAGAUGACAAAGGGUAUUUUCGGGGAGACAUUUUUGAAGAACUGGAAAGUGAUGAUAACAUUGGUUUUGCUGGUGACGUCUGCAAGCAACUGAAUCUGAUGCCUAAUGUCGAUAUCUCUGAUCAUGAGCGGACUGCAAUAGAUGAUGGCUCUUUAAAGACCGAUCGGCAAACAGAUUCUGGUACUCCAGAGAUUAUUGUUGUUCCAAGUUCACGAUUUGUUCGUGAACUAAAAGUUGAAAAAGUCAAUAGGAAUUGAUUAUCAGCUAAUUAUUUCCAGAUGUGCAUCAGUUUACUUUCUCUUUCCUGCAAAAUAUGGUACAGAACUUUGUUUUAUCAUUCGGUGUGUAUCGUAACAUAGUCGGUUUCUUUAUUUCAGUUAUCUCAUAAUUUAUAUGCCAUUCUUUCCUAAAAAUUUUGAUUAGCUCUGGAAGUGCACGUAGCGAAGAAUGCAUUCGUUGCCGAAAGAUUAACGAAGAAGCGAGAGGUAGAUAUUAUAGAAAAUGUUACUAUUCAUUGUGGUUUUCCACAUAAAUAAAUGUUUCAUCGUUUUAUCUCACGAAGCAGGAGUCGGGCCAAUCAAUCGUGUAUUGAUCGC